AUGUUGUUGUGUGUUCCAUCUACUGGUUGUUUAAUUGAGGAAAGGAAGAAUUCUCUUGCUUUUUCUUGCUAUCUUUUGGAAACGAAUCGCACACAUCACCAUCCAAAUUAUACAUACACACACACACACACGUACAUACAUACAUACACAUAUGCACACACACACACACACACAUACACACACACACACAUACGUACGUACACGCCAUAUGGUGACAUUUUCAUUUCAUUUCAUUCCAUUUCAUUUUGUUCUUUCGACAUUUCCUACUUAGACUGCAAUUCUCCCGUUUUCCGUCUUAUUGUCGCUGUUGCUGCAAAUAUU